CAUUACUUCCCUUGCUGCAUAAUCACAAGUCCCGGAUGUAGAAUGGAGGUCAGCAGCCGGCGCCAGUGCAAAAUUUGAAAAGAUCAACAAUAUGAACCAUACUGAGACUUCUGACGAUAGUGCAAGCAUGUUCAGAGCGACAAUGCCGAACUUCAUUGAUGACAUGACAGAACAGAUACUACGUAAUCAGUAUCCUCUCCACUUUGCAUGUCGAAAUGGCGACGAGGAACAGUUGAAAAGACUUCUCGAAUCAAAACAACACUUUGUGUAUGAAGAAGACGGGUUGCGAGGCUGGACGCCGAUGCACUGGGCUGCUUUUUCUGGCAGUUUGAAGUGUCUCAUGCUGUUGUCCAAGCAUGGGUUCAGCUGUGACAUCACCAACCUUCGUCUGAACCAAAGCCCUGCUCAUAUUGCAGCCACCAGUGGCACAUCAUUCUGCCUGAAGUGGCUGUUACUUUGUGGAGCUGCUAUAGGCCGACAGGAUUUUAAAGGGGACACUCCUCUGCAUAAGGCUGCACACAGUGGCAGCCUAGAUUGUGUCAUAUUACUUGUUGCACAUGGGGCCUCUCUCAGUCUCAGAAACCACAGUGGACAUGCACCCUCAGAAGUGGCUGAGAUGAACAAACACCAAGAAUGUGCUAUGUACCUACAGCAAGCUCUCCAUGCCCUACAGACUGGUGUUGUUGCCCCUUGUCACAGCAACAACCCCCUUAUCCUCAUGAACGGAGAGCCCAUAUAUGAGAGUCAGAACAAGCCUGACUGUUCCAGACUGACCCUGCAAGCAGGAGAAGACCAAGAAAUGGAGAUGGGAGAGGAGGCUUUAGAUAAUGCAGUCUGUCAGGAGGGACGGAUUUGCUCUUGUCGGAAGGAAUCAGUGGCACCAAGCGAUCAAGGGAUGAUGAGGACAGGAGCUGCUUCAAAAGACAGCGAUGCUUUGAAAAUAGCACAGCCAGCAAGUAUGGAACUUACGACAACAACAACGUCUUAAGUUCUUACAAUGCCAUCCUGGGAGUAUCUGCGGAACCAUCUAAGGGAGACAACUGCCAAUAUUCACAAGGUCAGUGUAACACUUUAUCAGAGAUGGGAAGCACUGUUGGUUUUGUGCCUGAGCUAGUAAUGGAGCAAGAAGAAGGGAGCAGGGCCAGAACCCUGCAGAGUGGCUACAGGUGCACGGCCAUGCUUCACUCCCACUUCGUUUGAUGAUCAGUAAAGCCUCUUGCUUUCCAUCGUCCUGCUUCACCUGCAUCUUGCUGUGGCGCAUGGCUUACCCCUUGCCCAGGGCUCAGAGGCAUGUCCAGUGGCUGAGAACCCAUCACACUUUAGAGGAUUAUCCAGUUUGCUAGAACACUGCCAGUCUCUGCAGGUACAGUCUAGGUACAACAGCGUGCUUCUUCAUUCCUCCAGAGAAAAUGAUCACACACAAUGACACUAAAGAUUGUAAUUGUUAUUAACUGCAUUAUUAGAGGCAGUAUGGUUGCUGAGCAACUCAUUUUAAUUCUUUCUUUGUAUUUUUUCAUAAGAUGCUGUGUUUUUACUAAAUCUUGUUCAAAACCCUUUAGUGGAUGUUGAACGCUAUCCACACUUGAGAUGGUACAUGACAUGCACACUACCUGAAUGUAUAUAAAUUUUUGCAAAUGCAAUUCACAUGCAAAAAUUUACACAUGGUUGUUUUUGUUUAUAACAAUUUGCAUCUUAGUGCAAGUAGGUCUUUAGAGUUAUCAUUUAAGGAAAAAAAUUACCAACCACAUUAUUGCAAGCUUAUCAUCACUGCCAAUCUGCCUCAAGCAGAUGCAUAAUUCAUCGUCCAAUGUUAUUUCACCAUUACAUUUCUGUGAUAUCCAUUAACCCUGAAUUCUGGUACCCCGAGUUGGGUCGUAAAUGGUGUAUGUUGUUACAAACCCUUUUUAUCAUUCUUACUUCAUGUCUGUUGCUCUAGAUGUUUUUUUUAAAGCAGCUUGGUACAAUUAGCUUGCAGUAUUUUUACAUUUUGUGAAGAAUCUCAGCAAUCCUGUAGGGUCCACAUGAAGUCUUUCGUUUUGAACAUGCUUUAUUGUUUCAAAGAUACAAAGGUUCAGUCUCAUUGUCAUUACUGAAUUUUAUACAUACUGGUCUUAUGUAACACUUUACAACUCUUGUAUCAUAUUUACAGCUAAAUUCAGUUUGGAAAGGGAAGGAAAUUUGAAAACACUGCCCUAGAAUGAGUGUUCAGUGGUUCAUGUUGGAUUAUUAUGUGCAAUGGUUAUAAACCAGGUGCUGACAUAUCAAUGAUGCUGAGGUCUCAAUUUUUGAUGUUAUCAAUUUGUGUUUGGAUAUUGCAAGACCAUUUUUUUCCCUUUGUAUCGUAGUUAACGCUUAAAUAUAUGCUUAAAUAUAAGAAAAUAAAAUUUCAAAUGCAA